AUGAACACUCCACCGCCAGCCAUUACACCUCCCGAAGAGUGCUCCGAAGAAUGGGCGUCCGUGCCAGCUGUUCGGUUGGUUUGGCACAUUGUUCAUCUAAGUAAUGUACUGCUCUCGCAGUUUAGCGCCUACCUCUCGCUGGAAGCAUUGCAACGAGAUGUCUCUUCCAGUCAGCUCACAGUGCCGGCCGGACAUGAACGCUUGCUGGCGGCACAGGCGGAGAUGAUGGUAGACGAACUCAAGAACCUGCGUGCCGCAACCGAAGCUAUCGUCAGUUCGACCGCUCAUGCAGAGCUCAGCAGCAAUACAGCUUACACGUCGCUUCUUGCCACUGAGUGCGGGUUGGAAAAGGUCGUCGGCAAGUCCUCCCUGACAAGUGCGAAGAUCACUACGAGAGGCUAA